ACCUACAAAUAAUAAGCAUUGCGAAAUAACCUACACUUUUUAAAAGUAAUCUUUACCUUGGCUUCAAAAAUCCUGUAAUUCUGUGUAGCGUCUCGCGCAGGCUGAUCCUCUCAACCACAAGGAGGCCACACGCAAUACAAUUUCAACAAAUCAAAUGCUGCGGUUACAGAGAUUACCCCGUGAUGCUGAAGAAUGUGGAUUGUACACUAACGUUACUCAUGUUGUCGUUUAUUUUCUGAGCGAUUGAAUAGAUGGAGGCCUUUACAAGCUUCAAUACAGGACUGACCCACUCUUUCUGUUGAUGGUGUAAUAUUAUAUGCCGUCGUUUAGUCUCGAAAUGGAUGUACAACAAUAGGGUGUUGGGAUUUAUUGUAGGCUAGGAUGCACUCAAAGUAGCGGUUUUCCGUCUUUUCACGCUGGCUAAAAGCGACUCUGAUCAACAAACACAGUUUCACUCUCAUCUAAAAGUAAUUUAUACAACAAGAGGAUAUACUUAUCUCACUAGGACAGAGAUGGGCAACUUUGAUGGGGGUGGAUGCCACAAAAAAUCUGAACUCAUCAUGGGAGGCUGCAGUGGCUGGAGGAAAGAGAUGCUGUGAUUGGAGUGGACCAGGAACUACCACAGAGGUGAAGGAGGAAGAGGAGGAGGAGGAAGAGAUCACCAUGAAAGGUCUGAGUGGCUCCAGGUUCUGCUUCUACGUGGGUUUCGUAGUGGGGACCCUCAGCCUGUACCUCUUCCUGCGCCAGGUAUGGUUCGAGAGGAGCAUGGAACUCCCUGUGCUGGGAGGGAUCCAGGGCAGCUCAGUAGCAGCUGUGGCAGAGGAGAAGCAGGCCAGUGACAGUGACAACUGGAGUGUGGAGGGAGCAGCCCUCAUCAAUCUCAACCACCCACACCACACAGGUGAGGACAGUCGCGUGGCAGACGAGUUGUACCAGAAGGUGCGCAUCCUGUGCUGGGUGAUGACAGGCCCCAGUAACCUGCAGACAAAGGCCCGCCAUGUCAAGGCCACCUGGAGCCGCCACUGCAACGUGGUGGUCUUCAUGAGCUCUGUCGACGACCCAGACUUCCCCACCGUAGGGCUGGGGACAGGGGAGGGCCGCGACCAGCUCUACUGGAAGACCAUCCGGGCCUUCCACUAUGCCCUGGAGCAUCAUGGGAACGAUGCCGACUGGUUCCUCAAGGCAGAUGACGACACCUUCGUAGUGGUGGACAACCUCCGCUGGGUACUGUCCAAUCACACGCCCGAGGAACCCCUCUACUUCGGCAAGCGCUUCAAGCCCUACGCCAAGCAGGGUUACAUGAGUGGCGGAGCGGGGUAUGUGUUGAGUAAGGAGGCCCUUAGGAGGUUCGUGGAGGGGUUCAAAACCAAGGUGUGUACCCAUACCACCUCUGUGGAGGACUUGGCUCUGGGACAGUGUCUGGAGAAGAUGGGGGUUCUGGCGAUGGACUCGAGGGAUACGUUGCAGCGUGAGACGUUUCAUCCAUUCGUGCCAGAGCACCACCUGACUGGGAAGUUCUCCAAGAGCUUCUGGUACUGGAACUACUGCUACUACCCCAUCGUAGAGGGUCCCCAGUGCUGCUCAGACCUGGCAGUAUCCUUCCACUAUGUGGAUGCAGAGCUGAUGUACACACUGGAGUACUGGACCUACCACCUCCGUGCCUACGGCUACAGACACCGCUACAGACCUCCACUACCACAGGGCCUGGUGGAGCGGCUGGCCCAGACAGAAAGGGCCACUGUGGGGACAGCUGGUAGAGGGACAAUCCCAGCUGGUAUCAUUGUUGUUGGUGGUGGAAACCAGUCCAAAAUGGAGGCAGUGUCAUAUAAAGGUGCUGCGAGGGGAGGUAAAAUCCCCAUGGACAAUAACAGGACUGCAGUCACACAGGAGAGUCAGCAGUGAUUCUCUCUGGGCCCGAAACCUAACUUCCACUUAAGUGGAAUUUUAACUUGGUCAUGCAUUGAUGUCAAUGGGACUGUUUGAUUUAAGUGUUUGAAUGUGUUUUUAAGGUGGUAAUGGGAGUGCCAGGAACAGGUUCGAUAUGACCCACAUUGUGCACCAGUUCAACCACAGUUCAGGUUUGAAUGAUUAUAGGUGAUUUAUUAAGCAUUUUCAAAUCCAUAUACUGUACAACUUUUUACUUGAAAGUCUUAACUGUUUUUAUCGAUAUCUGUUGCUGUUUUAUCUGAUAUUCUGUUUGAAUUCAAAUAGUAUGCCGUUAAUGACCAUAUAUCUGUAAACACUUCUAGAUCACUUACUUCAUGUAGCCCAAGCUGCAUUCAAUGAUUCUGACCUGGACAUUUCUGAUAACAUGGUAUCAAGCAUUUCUGUGUCUUACAGUUGAUUUGGCAAAUCAUCAUUGUCACAACUAACAGUGCUCCCGUAUUCGAUUCCCUUAUUGACCGUCCACAACUAUUCAAUUCUAUAUUGUUAUUUCACUUAUAGAGAGAUAUGAAGGGACCUUUAUAUGCGUGCACUGAACAAUGGUAGUUUCUUAAAUGUGUCGAAUUUUCAGCAGAAUCUGAUGUUUUCAGCAUCAGGUCAAGCUGAUAGAGAAAAUUGUUGUGCAAAUGUUUGAAUGGUAUUACAUUGCUCUGUGGUGUAGCUGGGGGGUAUUUCAUGUCAAAUAUAAUACUAUAUAAUAAUAAUACCCAUAUGAUGUUAUUAUCCCCUAUAUUCUAGAUAACCAGCUGAGCAGUUGAAUUGCCUUAAAGUGGGGUAGAUUAAACUUAAAUACAGUACAAAAAUAUUUUUUGCACAGUACUACAUAUGGUUAAUUUUUGUUGUGCUUACAUAUUCAAAGUGCCGGAUGACAGCAUCUUUGUCAUUGCUAUGAUGGUGGAUUUAAAAUGUUGUAACCAAAUAUUUUUCUCUUAAUUGUCAGUGUUGUUGAAAUAUGAUUGCCACAUUUUAUUAUAUAUUUAAUUUGAAUCACAAACAUAUGGUAAAGAAAUAGAUCUUAUCAGAUUGGACUGUUGCUGAUUCCUGUCAGAUAAAGUUAUAUACAAACAUUAUAGUUAUUAGUUACUAUGAUAACCCAUCGGGCACAUGUUACAGUAGCAAGUUGAUUUUGGUCAGUUUAAAUUCCAUAGAUGUUUUCGCAAUACUUUGUUUUGUAAAAUAAUUAGUUUCUCUUCCGUAUUGUAUAAUAAUAAUAACUCCAAUCUUCUGAAAAGGGGUUUUGCCUUGGCUGGAUGUCAGGGAUGGGUCUGGAUGAAUGUCUUGUCUAUAACCCACGACGAAACCUGGAUCAAAACAGUAACAUUUAUAAUCACAAAAGUUGUAUAAAUGUGUUUUAAAGCA